UAACUUGCUUGUUUUUUCCCACAAUUCCAUUUCACCGGAAGCUGCAGCCUUGGUUGCUCGUUGCUUUCUAACCACGGAUCCGGUGAACUUUCCGUGUGAGAAGCGAGUUGAUAUAGAUUUGGUUUUCGUGGGUGUUCUGCCCAACAUGUCUUUUCCACCUCAUCUGAACCGGCCGCAGAUUGGCAUCCCAACGAUGCCUCCAGGAAUCCCUCCACCACAGUUUGCUGGAUUUCCACCGUCAAUGCCGCCCGGGACCCCAAUGAUUCCCGUCCACAUGGGUAUCAUGACUCCAGGCCCUGCGUUGAUCGCUCAGGUUCUUGUGCCCACAUCGAUGCCUGUGGUGAGUAAAAUGCCGGUUCCCAGGAAAGAACCUGUGGCCAGAGAUAAUGAUGACAGCAACGGCCCCACGACCACAGUGUUUGUAGGGAACAUCUCUGAGAAAGCAUCAGAUAUGCUCAUCAGACAACUGUUGGCUAAAUGUGGUUUGGUGUUGAGCUGGAAGCGGGUUCAGGGCGCCUCAGGAAAACUCCAAGCGUUUGGUUUCUGUGAAUAUAAAGAGCCUGAAUCUACUCUACGAGCUUUACGACUGCUGCAUGAGCUUCAGGUGGGAGAAAAGAAACUGCUGGUUAAAGUCGACGCCAAAACUAAAGCUCAGCUGGACGAGUGGAAGGCAAAGAAGAAAGGUUCCAGUGAGAAUGGAAAUGGUAAGGCGGAUGAAGCUGGCGAGGAUGAGGAAGAGGGGCUGGAUGAGGAAUCCAAGAAGCGUGACCAGAUCGUCAAAGGCGCCAUCGACGGCCUGAUCAAAGAAUAUUCAAAUGAGCUCAACGCUUCAUCACAAGACGACGAGGCGAGUCGCCGCAAGAAGAAACGAGACAAAAAGGAAGAGGAUGACAUCAACGCCAUGGAAAUGGAAGAUGACAAAAGGGAUUUGAUUUCCAGGGAGAUAAACAAAUUCCGUGAUACCCAUAAGAAACUGGAGGAGGAGAAGGGGAAGAGAGAGAAGGAGAGGCAGGAGCUGGAACGGGAGCGACGGGAUAGAGACAAGGAUCGGGAGAGAGAGCGUGAGCGACGGGACAGGGACAGGGACAGGGAGAAGGACCGCGAGAGGGAACGGGAGAGAGAAAGAGAACGAGAGAGGGAAAGAGACCGUGAGCGCACCAACAAAGAGCGUGAAAGAGAGAGAGAAAGAGAGUGGGAGAGAGACAGAAGCCGUGAUCAGAGCGAAGAUCGAAGCCGAUCCAGGGAACAGAGUCGUGACAGAGACCGAGAUAAGGACAAGAAACGAGAUCGUGAGGAAGAUGAGGAGGAGGCAUACGAACGGCGCAAACUGGAGAGGAAGCUGCGAGAGAAGGAGGCGGCCUAUCAGGAGCGUCUGAAGAACUGGGAGCUCAGGGAGAGAAAGAAGGCCAGAGAUUACGCCAAGGAGAUGGAGAGAGAGGACGAGCGGCGUCGUGAAAUGGUAAACUUUUUGGCUAAGGAAGGUAAACGACUCAAGGAGUUUCUGGAGGAUUAUGACGAUGACCGAGACGACCCAAAAUACUACAGGGGCAGUGCUCUUCAGAAGCGUCUGAGGGACCGAGAGAAGGAGAUCGAGCUGGAUGAACGUGACCGGAAGCGUGAGAAGGAAGAGCUGGAGGAGAUCAGACAGAGGCUGCUGGCAGAGGGACACCCGGAUCCAGAUGCUGAGCUACGCAGGAUGGAAGAAGAAGCGGAACGUUUGCGCCAGCCGCCCAUAAAACCCGAGCCAGAGGAGGAAAGAGACCACAAACCCUCCCGAGAAGAGCGAGACAGGGGGAGAGACCGAGAACGAGACCGGGACAGGGAGCGGCGCAAGGUAGAAGCGGAGACUCGCGUUCAUGUUCACGCCCCGUCUGAGGAUGAUGACGUCGAGGAGGGAGAGGAGAUUGAGGAUGAGGAGGAGCCCAAACCCUGCCUCAAGCCCACCAUGCGACCCAUCACGGCCGCCCCCUCAGUGUCUUCAGCCAGCGGUAACGGCACGCCCAACACGCCCAGAGAAGAGUCGCCCUGUGGCAUCAUCAUUCCUCAUGAGAACUCUCCACCAGACAUGCUGCCACAGGAGGAGAACCGGCCCAAGAUUGGCCUGAGCCUCAAAUUAGGUGCCACCGGUAGCCCCGGACAGCCCAGCGUCGCAAAACGGAAGAAGCUGCCGGUUGAAAGUGUCUUUAACCGCUUCGAUGACGACGAGGUAGACGAGGCACCUCGAAAGAGGAAGCUUGUGCCGUUAGACUAUGAAGAUGAGGAAAAGGUAGGAGACAUCGGGGCGAUCGGCGGUGCUAAAGGCGUGAACACGGAAGAGAAACGCAAACACAUCAAGAGUCUCAUCGAGAAGAUCCCCACUGCCAAACCUGAGCUCUUCAGCUACCCGCUGGACUGGUCUGUGGUGGACACGACUCUGAUGGAGAAGCGCAUUCGGCCGUGGAUCAAUAAGAAGAUUGUAGAAUACAUCGGUGAAGAAGAAGCCACAUUAGUUGACUUUGUAUGCUCAAAGGUCAUGGCUCACAGUACUCCACAAGGCAUCUUAGAUGAUGUCGCCAUGGUGCUGGAUGAAGAAGCGGAGGUGUUCAUAGUUAAAAUGUGGAGGUUAUUGAUUUAUGAAACCGAGGCCAAGAAGAUAGGACUAGGGAAAUGAUUAAGCACUCGUCGCUGAUGAACUUGCUUUUCACACCCUGUUUGGGCUCAUCUAGGUUCAAAAACAACCUGGGGAAACUCGUCCAUUUCCACUUCUUUGGAGUUAAUAGAUACUGAGCAGUUUUAAUUUGUCACGUCCUGGACUCAUCACCUCGAGACUGCUGCGCUUUGGCUACUUUGGUUUGGUUUCACCACCCAGAGGAAGACUUCUGAUUUCUCAGGGCAUUCCUGUUGAAUUCACCACAGUCGCUUCAUCUAGCAGAUCUCUCUGUGAGCGCAAUGACCCGUCGUUCUCGUUACACUGUUGAAUGCCAGUCAUCUGGGUUGUAAUUUUACCGGUUUAUGUUCUUUUGGUAGCUCUCCAACUGUACCAAAGAGAUCUUCCCAGUUGUUUUGCUUGAAACAGAAAUUGAUCGGACCCAAACACUGUUGAGAAGGUCUCUGGCUAAACUGAUUGACGUGAAAACGAUUGUCUUUGUUUUGUACUUAUCAGUGGAUGUGUUUUCAAUAAAAGUGAUUUCCUUUUU